CUUUAAAGAAAAAUUUUUUUGAUGAUUUUAUUUAAAAAAAAUUUCUAAAAAUAUGAAUAAUAUAUUUUCAUUUCUAAUAGCUCUUGUGUUAACUUUAGAGUGUAUAAAAAUUGUGGAAUCUCAUACAAUGCAUACAGUCCUCUGUCGGCCCUAUGCCACAUUAAAUGUCUUAUGUGAAAAAAAAAAUGACUUUGUCUUAACUACGAUAGAAAAUGUUAAAAGUGUUAUAAAUGAAAACUUAAUAUAUGAUAUGGAUUAUUACAUCGAAAAUCAAAAUUUGUGGUUUGGAAUAAUGUCGGGAGAUAAUAAUCUUACUUUAAACAUAGAACAAGAAGGGACACCCAAUGCUACUAUAAGACGCAUAACUAGGAAUAGAAACCCCUUUGUUACGAGAAAGAUAACUAUAGAUGGUGUAAAUGGAACUCUAAUAAUAUCCAUAGGUAAUCAUCAAUCAUCACAUGUUUUAUGA